UGCAGCUUUAUAUAUGAGCCACUUUUUCUCUACGAUCGCACAUUGCCGUAUACCGGACAAGAUUCAAAAGUUCGGCCAUUUCCUCGUACUCGAUUUUGAAGCAACUUGUGCUAGAAAUGUCAAGCUCAUGCCACAAGAAAUAAUAGAAUUCCCGGUAAUCAAAGUGAAUAGCCGGAGCUUAGUUUCAGAAAGUGAAUUUCAUGUGUACGUUCAGCCCCAAGUUCAUCCUGAGUUGACAGACUUUUGCACAGAGCUGACUGGCAUCAUUCAAGAUAUGGUCGAAAACCAACCAACGCUUGCUCAAGCUUUGAAGCUAUUUGAUAACUACUUAAUGAAGGAGAAUUUGAAAACGGAUGGAAGCUUGUUCGCCUUCGUCACUUGCGGUGAUUGGGACUUAAAAUCCAUGUUACCUUCUCAAUGCGAUAACCUCAGAAUCCCGGUGCCAAGCUAUUUCAGGCGGUGGAUUAACCUGAAACUGGUCUUUACCGAGGUGAUGGGGAUGUUUCCAGUCAGCUUGUACCACAUGAUGUCCACUCUGAGAUUACCACAUCGAGGGCGGCUCCACAGUGGAAUAGGAUGUUGCCAAUCGUUGGGAUGCACCGUGACUCCACAACCGUCUCCUCAACAUUUGGUAUGUCAACGUUCCAAAGUAUACAGCGAUGAGUGGGUUGCAAAUGUCACUUCCACCUAGUCGGCUGCUCACCAACUUCACGGAUGUAUUCUUGGCUUCCGCUGCAUCUGCCCUCUCUGAGUAUUAUCGCAGAUGUACAGUCGCCGCCAUAUGACGCACGCAAUAUUGCUGCCGUCCUUUGUGAACUAAUAAGACGCGGCGCCGUGCCCGAUAUCACCUCAUCACUGUCCUCGUGAUCUGUGGCAGUAAAACGUCCACACGCGACCUCCGACCUACUUGUAUAGCUUGAACAACUAUUCUCCAGAUUGUUAUUGUCCUUCCUUCGUUUACACGGUUCUUCGCUAUGACCUUCUGAACAUGCCUGACUAUCUCUUAGUUGUCACUUAUCUUAUUGCCUCAGACAUGCUCCAUAGGAACUGUGUUUACAAGAGCAAUGAGGUGAACACUUAUGCUACAGUUCACUUAUUCCCAACUGACUUCGUUCACAGCUUUUGUCUUUGUUUGAUGCGUUAUUUCAAUUGGUGUCUGACACUAGUGAGUCACGGAUUUAUGUUCUGCGCAGAAGGAUUCUCUUCAUCAGCAGACAGAACAACGACACCAUCCUUUGACACUAUUUCAUACAUUUACUUUUCAAUUUGGAUGAGGCUAAAAUUCCUUUUGACCGUAAAACUAUGACAUACAGCGUAUUCUCCCCGUCACAAACUCAGCUCCAUAUGACUGCGGCCUACACCAGAUGACCAUGUCACAAAGCUGUUUCCUCUAAUUCAUCUUUGGCAAUUGAAUUGUGUCUUUAGGGUAAAAGAUGGAGUUUGAUCAUAGUAAGCUCCAUUGUUGGGCAACCUGAUUUGAUGAAGCUUUGUGUCAAAGCGAAACCUUGUCUAAUUAAUACACCAAUCGAUUGCUG